AUGGAAAGCAGCGAUAAGAAAGAAAAGAAAGUUAGGGAAGAAAUUCAGCAAGGAUCGAACUACAGAGUCAUGGAAACUUAUGAAAACAUGGAGAAACCGGGCCAAACGACUGAGAAGGAAGGCGAUCAAAGAUCACUGGAAUGGUGUGAAUCCGAAGCAACAAAUUCUUUUGAACUUUUAUUCCCUUUAGCAACUCAAAGUGUGCUAAAGAAAGGGAUUCGGCUGAUAUUUCCUUAAACCUCUAAGGACAGCUUCAACAGAACAAGCAGAUUGUUGCAUAGGACUUCACUUGCUACUUUUCAACAGUCGCACACAAUAUUGGGGGAAUGCAGGUGGCUUGUUUGAAGAAAAACUGA